AUGGCCGAGAAUCCUGUAAGAAAAGCUGGUCCAGGGCUCUACGUGAAAGCUGUGUUCACUGGGUACAAGCGUGGUCUUCGCACGCAGUCCGAGCACACCGCCCUGCUAAAGCUCGACGGUGUGUACAACAAGAAGGAUGCGCAGUUCUACGUUGGAAAGCGUGCAGUGUACUUAUACAAGGCUCACAACAAAACCACCAAACCAGGUCACAGCAUUCCCACGAGAACUAGGGCAAUAUGGGGAAGGAUAACAAGGGUACAUGGGAACGCUGGAGCCGUUCGUGCAAAGUUCCAUCAUAAUCUACCCCCUAAUGCCAUGGGCAAUAGAAUUCGUGUGAUGCUGUACCCAUCCAACAUUUAG